AUGUCACUAACGGCUACUAGAAAGACACAAGCUGCACUCGAAUACGUUCACCAGCACGCGGAUACGCGCAGUGUGUUUUGGGUGCGCGGAAACAACUUUCUAAAAUUCAGCGAGGAUUUCAGGAGCAUCCUCCCCUACGCGAAAAUUCCCCAUAGGGUCGCCGCAAGCGAGGAAAAGGAGUUGCUGAAGACCGUGAGGCAUUGGUUCGAGAGUCCAGCCAGCGGAGACUGGGUCUUGGUUAUCGAUGACGCCGAAAAUGAGGCAGACUACAACAGCGAGAGCGGUCCGAUAUCCGAGCUCCUACCUCAAGGACCAAAAGGAACCGUUAUAUUCACCACAAGAUCUCGUCGAGUGGCCGAGCAACAGGGUUGCGAAACCAUUGAAAUUGGGAAAAUGAGAGACGAGGAUGCCCGAGCGCUGCUUUUGGCCCGUCUCGAGAACCCGAAAAAUUUAAGUGAAGCCGACCAAAAAGCUCUGACACUCAUACUCUGCUCACUUGACCACCUUCCACUGGCACUUGUGGGUGCUGCCUCUCUGAUGAGAGAGGAAAGUAUGUCACCGUCGGAGUAUUGGGAUAAAUUCAAAGAAAUAGGUGAACAGAGGAAGCCACUUCCCCCAAAAUUUCAUUGUAUACGAAAAGAGGUGGGCAUGACAGAGAGCAUUAUGAACGCAUACUUUCUCACUUUCGACCAACUGGAGAGGCGGAUGUCCUUCGCUGCCGAUAUCCUUCGACUAUCUGCUUUUCUCGAUCACAAACAAAUUCCGGAAAAGCUCUUAGAGCGAUCCAACCGAGACAGGGAGCAGAGCGGAGGUUCCCUUGAUGGCGCUAUCGGCAAAUUGGUCCGGCUUUCCUUAGUUAUCAGUCGAAAAGACGGGACCGGCCGACCUGUUUAUGAGCUUCACAGACUGGUGCAACACUCGAUCCGAGAGUAUCUCUCAGAGGAGGAAGCGUCCGAGUGGAAGGAGAAGGCCCUGGAGGUCAUUUGGCGGCUAUUUCCUCACUGCAAGCACGAGUUCCUCCAAGAAUGUGCCGACUAUCUUCCCCACGCGCUAGCUGUCACGGAAAACUCGACAAGUCCAAUGGCGGAGGAGGUUUGCUUUCGCAUGGCACUAUACCUCAAGGAGGCUGCUCACCACGACACUGCUGAGGCACAAAUCCGGCGGUGCAUAAAACUUCGCGAAGAGAGUAGUGGGGCUUCGAUUUGGUGGAGCUUACGUCGCUUUUUCCGGUACAUUUUUUCACCUCUACGGACCACCAAGUAUGGUGCGGAAUAUUGGUCGAGGAUCGCUCUCUUAGCUUCAAUCCUUCUUGAGUUGGGGUACGCCGAGGAGGCGGAAGCGGAAUAUCGGCGUGCAGUGAGGGGGAGGGCAAAGGCACUGGGUACGAACCAUCCUGAUACCUUGAGCAGUAUAAACGGGUUGGCCGUGGCGCUCCACUUUCAGGGAAGAUAUCAGGAGGCGGAGAAACUAUAUCGAUCCGCAUUGGCAGGCAGGGAGAAUGUUCUCAAACAUGGCCACCGGGAUAUUCUAGAGAGUGUCGCUUUUCUCGGGGAGGUGCUGGAAUUCCAGGAAAAACACGAGGAGGCGGAGGUAAUGUGCCGGCGUGCACUAGAAGGUCGUGAACGGGUGCUUGGGCCGUAUCAUCCCGAUACCCUAGAGGCAGUCUUUCAUCUAGCUUCGGCAUUGCAGGGUCAGGGAAAGCACGAUGAAGCAGAGGUGCUAUGUCGGCGAGUACUUGAAGCGUUUGAGAAGGCUCUAUGGCAAGACGACUGGCGUACUCUAUUGAUCAUGCACAAGGUGGCGGAAGCACUGCAAGAAGGAAGGAGGGUGACUCUUGCUGAGGCGGAAGCAUUGAACCGCCGUAUACAUGAACGAUGUGAGAGGGCACUAGGCGCAGAGCACCAACUCACCCGGGCGAGCAUGAAUAACCUAGCCGGAUCGCUACGCGACCAGGGGAAAUACCACGAAGCAGCGGUCACCACUCGGAUCGCGAUGGAGAUCCUUGAGGACAGUGAAGGACCGGAUCACCCGGAUAUACCAAUGAUUUUGUACAAUCUUACACAAAUGCUUCAGGACGAGGGAAAAUACGACGAAGCGGAAGUGAGUAGUCGGCGGAUAGUCAAAUUCUAUGAGGAAAUGCUAGGCCCAGAUCAUCCGGGCACUCUGGUCAGCCACAGUAUCCUCGCUGGAGUCCUCCGCGACCAGAAGAGGUACAACGAAGCGGAGGAAAUGCUCCGGGAUGCACUGAAAAUCAUGGAGAUGGCCCUAGGCCCCGAGGAUCCGGAUACACUAGAAGCCAUUGACAGCCUGGCUUUUGUCCUGCAGCAGGAAGGGCGAUAUAAUGAGGCGGAGAACUUGCAUCUGCGAGCCUUGGAAGGUCGGGAGAAGGUCCUGGGAGAAGGCGCCAUCGAUACUCUCACGAGCCUAUGGCGCCUAGCCGGGCUCUACGAAAAGUGCGGGCAGGCUGCUGACGCUGAUAGUGCAUACCGGCGCGUGUACACGGGAUUGUGUGGGGCUCUGGGAGAACAGCACUCGACUUCAAGGAAGUGUCUAGACGAAUACAAAGCAUUUCAA